AUGGCGUCCAAGCGUCCUAGGGAGGAGGGAAGCGCGAUGGCGGGCGGAGGCGAAGCGACACUGCGUCAGGAGGAGCAACUGCAGGAGACGGCCCCGCAACCCAACCUGCACCACUCGCUGAAGGAGGCCCGAUUCGCGGGGCGGUCGAUGGAGGCGGGGUUUAAUCACCAGCUGGGGCCCUACGAGGCGCCCGAUGAGGCGGCCGACGUCGAGGAGUUGGUGCAGGGGCACGAGGACUUUGGCGACCUGCCGGAGGAGCGUCGCCGCGCGCUGCUGGAGUCCGUGCGGGCGCUGGCGCAGAAGGUGGGGGGCGCGGCGAAGAGCAAGAGUCAGCUGGAGCACCUGCGCGUCAAGGCGUCCCGCCUCUUUGGUUUUAAAGACACCGCGCGGAAGUCGGAGCUGACGGCGGCGUAUCGGCAGCUAGUGCGGGCCGGGGAACUCCAGGAGUCGCCGGUGCUGGAGGAGCUGCUGGUGCGGAAACGCGGCAAGUCGCACAGCGGCGUGCUGGUGGUGACCGUCUUCAUGGGACCGGGGCAGUUUUCGUGCCCGAAGGACUGUCACUACUGCCCGAACCAGCCAGGCGUUGCGCGCUCGUACCUGCUGAAGGAGCCAGGUGUGCUGCGCGGGUACCGCAACGGUUGGGACCCCGUCUCGCAGUUCUACGACCGGGCGAGCGCGCUGGAAAACAACGGCCACGUGGUGGACAAGAUUGAGCUCAUUAUUCUCGGCGGGACCUUCUCCUUCUACCCAAAGAAGUACGCCGAGGAGUUUAUGGCCGGAUGUUUUUACGCCGCCAACACGUACUACGACUCCGCGCCGCUGCGGCCCAUGCAGAGUCUGCAGGAGGAAAUCACGCUGAACGAGGAGGCCCGCUGCCGCGUCAUUGGAGUGACGGUGGAGACGCGCCCGGAUUACAUCAACGCGUCCGAGCUGCGUCGCUUUCGCACGCUUGGCGUCACGCGUGUGCAGCUUGGGGUGCAGCACCUCGACGACGACAUCCUCAACGUGGUUAACCGUGAGUGCCCGACCGCCAAAACCAUCGUGGCGAUCAAGCGCCUGCUCGACGCGGGGUUUAAGGUGGAUGCUCACUGGAUGCCGGACCUGCCCGGAAGCAGCUACGCAAAGGACCGUGAAAUGUUCGAGUACCUUUUCUCCCCCGACAACGAGAACUUUCAGGUGGAUCAGUGGAAGGUGUACCCCACGGCGACGGUGCCGUACACCAAAAUUGAGGAGUGGUACCGCAAAGGCCUCUACAAGCCCUACGCGGAGCUGGACGGCGGUGCCUGGAUGGUGAAGCUCCUUGUGUACAUCAUGGAACAGUGCCCGCAUCGCAUUCGUCUAAAUCGCGUUGUCCGCGACAUCCCCACGACGUACAUCAUGGGGGGUGAGCGGCGGUGCAACCUGCGGCAGGUGAUCGAGGCGGAGAUGAAGGCGCAGGGGAUUCGCUGCAGGGAUAUUCGUGAGCGCGAGUGCAAGGGGCGACCCGUCGAUCGCGAGCACACAAGCCUCUUCGUAGAUGAAUUUCGUGCAAGCGAGGGGACCGAGUUCUACAUAUCGGUGGAGGAUCCGGAGCGGUCGACGCUGUAUGGACACCUGCGGCUGCGGCUGCGUGACAACAGCGGGGCAGACAAUUCCCUCUUUGGGGCGCUCGAGGGCUGUGCGCUCAUCCGCGAGUUGCACACGUAUGGGCGGCUGGUGGCGGUGUCUCGUCCCAACUCUGGCAGUGAGGCGCAGCACAUGGGCGUGGGCACGCAGCUGAUGCGGGAGGCAGAGCGCAUUGCCGCGGCGCGCGGAUUUGGCAGUGUGGCGGUGAUUGCAGGCGUCGGGGUGCGGCGGUACUACGGGAGGCUCGGGUACCAGCUGGAGGACACCUACAUGGUGAAGCGGCUCGCGGUGAACGGCACGAACGCCAUCACGGAGGAGCAGGUGGUGCAGGACGACGACAACGACAACACCGGCUUCUUCUCAAAACUGAGGAACCUCAUUUUUGGGAAGUAA